ACACACAGUCUCUCCACAGCCUCCAGACCUCUGCAGUCUCCGGUCCUCUCCAGCGCUGCACCGGGCUCCCACAGGCGAGUCAGAGCACAGCCGAGCGCGCAUCGCCCUCGCUCUCUCGAAAUCCCUGUUGAGGCACUGCAGACAUGGGCAGACAGGAGGCUGACUACGUGUGGAAGAAGACCACCGAAAACAUACAAGAGGUCUUUGAAUUCAUGGAGGAGCUCGGAUCAGGGGCUUUCUCCGAGGUGUACAUGGUGAAGGAAAAGAAGACGGGGAAGACUUUUGCCAUGAAAUGUGUCAAGAAAAAACAGAAGAGAGACCUGAACCUGGAGAACGAGAUUGCUGUUCUCAGGAGGAUACAACAUGAGAACGUCGUCGGGAUGGAGGAUCUUUACGAGAGUCACACUCAUUAUUACCUCAUCAUGCAGCUAGUAUCCGGAGGAGAGUUGUUCGACCGGAUCUUGGACCGUGGAGUUUACUCUGAAAAAGACGCCAGUAAAGUGAUCCAGCAGGUGCUCCAGGCUGUGGGAUAUCUGCACCAGAGCGGAGUCGUCCACCGAGACCUCAAGCCGGAGAACAUCCUGUACUACAGCCAGGACGAGGACUCGAAGAUCAUGAUCAGUGACUUUGGUCUUUCCAAGAUGGUGGACAACGGCAUCAUGUCCACGGCCUGCGGCACUCCGGGAUAUGUGGCUCCGGAGGUGUUGGCUCAGAAACCCUACAGUAAAGCAGUGGACUGUUGGUCGAUCGGCGUCAUCACCUACAUCCUACUGUGUGGAUACCCUCCAUUUUAUGAAGAAACUGAGAGCCGACUGUUCUCCAAAAUCAUGAAGGCUCAGUACGAGUUUGACUCCCCGUUUUGGGACGACAUCUCUGAAUCUGCUAAAGACUUUAUCCGAAACAUGAUGCAGAAAAAUCCAAGCAUGAGAUUCACCACAGAGCAGGCGCUCAGACAUCCCUGGAUAAUCGGAAAGACGGCACGGAGCCAGGACAUCUACUACUCUGUUAGUGUUCAAAUCCAGAAGAACUUUGCCAAGUCCAAGUGGAAGCAAGCCUUCAACGCAGCAGUGGCCAUCAACCACAUGAAGAAGCUGCAGCUCGCCCACAUGGGGGCGACACCGAGACCGACCAGUGUCCCCAACAUCAAGGUGACCGAGGUGCCCUCUCCGACCCACCAACGCAAACGACAGGUGCAACAGGAGCGACAGGAGCAACAGGAGCCCACACGUGCCGAGACUAAUGGGACCUGCAGUCACAUGACCCUGCCGUCCUUCCCUCACUUGUCCCAGAGCGAGUCCAAAAGCCCCGCCCCCUUCCUGAAGACCACCCAGAGCCACCACACUCCAACCAUUGCAGAGCAGGGCAAGACGGUUUUCUUCUCCGAGCCAGCGAAUCUCAACGGAUAUGCUAAAACUCGCAGUGGUAAAACGGUGCAGACUGGAGUUUGCUCUGUCAUGUGAAGAGUCAAAGAGGUGGACAUGGACUCACACUUUUACCUGGUCAUAUUUGGCUUUGUCAGCUGUCCCGGGAUGGAGACAGGAGCAUGGAUCUGAAGCCAAAGGACUUCUAUAGGCUGUUCAUGCAGUGUCAUCAUGUUAUUAAGAACCUGUAGCAUAACACUGAAGUGGAGGACAGCUAAGAGUUUAAAUGCAGAUAUUUGACCUGGUUUAUGGUGAAUAUCUCUGUAAUUACUGGGCCUAUCCAAAUGAAACAAAAACUGGCAUGAAGCUCAACGUCUUCUCUGUCAGUAUAAAUAAAAAAAGUAAAAUUAUUAUUAUAUGUUUUGUUUUAUAGCAUCAAAAACUGGCUCAUAUGGACUGACUUGUUAUCACUAGAUGGAGCAAAGCCCAUGAUUCAUAUGUAAAUUAGAGGACCCUAUUCCUUCCAAACAUGAUUUCAACAUUUUUAAAUAAUUUGUUGAUUUGUUGUUUCUUGAACGGACCAAGUUGUAUAUAUUGUGUUUUAGACUGAGUGCCUAAGUACAAAGCAGCCAAUAAUUUAAUGAAGGGGUAUUAUGCUAAAUUUUUGGAGCAUUCUACCAUGUUAUAAUGUUGUUUCCCUAUCAAAAACAUGAGGUUUUAUAUGUCAUCCAUGCAUGUUUGAGUAAUCUAGUGAUCUCUCCUGGGCCCUAUUUGAACCCUUCUCACGGUUAGCUUUAAGAUUCUCUCCAAAGCUCCGCCCACAAGCCUACGUCACCCAUGCUCCCACAGUGAAAUUCUUCAUAAAUAUCCAAAAGCAUGAUACAAAACUGUACACUACAACUUCACAAACCUGAUGUGAUGUGCAGUAGUUUCAUUAGUGGGAUGCAUGUUUUUGUUGUGAUAGCGCUCUGAAGGGAGAAACUCCUAAAACUUGUUAAUACUCUGUUUUUGGUGAAUAUAGGAUUUUUAAAACAUUAAAAGGAAACAUGGUGAUCUAAAUAUGUCAUGUGUUAGCAGUGAAUACCCCAUAGGAGUAAAAUACCCCCUCUUUAAUCACAAAUGCAUAAACAGCACCUUAUAUGAGAAACAGGGUAGACCUCAUCACAAUUGCACAGUAUUUAAAUCUUUAUGUGUUGCUAAUGUGUUGCUACGUACCUUUUAAGUGUUUGUCCUACUGUGAAAUAACUAAAUAUUAUCUAUUUGUCAAACUGGUCAAAAUGAUUUCAUUAUUUUGACUUCUUAAAGGUGGAGUAGGUAACUUUGAGAUCUGCCAUCUACUAGAAUGUUCCACGGUAUGGCAUAAACAUCUCCUGGGCCGAGUUACAGAUCAGAUCUGUUGAGAGGAGAGCCCACUCAUAAUAGGACUGCAUGUUUUUGGAAGUAUUUUUUUAGUAACAAAAACACAGCUGGAAAAAAAUUCAAUAUAGUUAAAUACUAUAUUGUAGAACAUUCUAGACAAUGUAAUAACAUCUCCAUGGAAACAGGCAGAGAAGAAAAGUUUCACAGCGCACCUUUUUGUGUCAAAUCAAAAUAUAUUUAUUAUUGGAAGAGUGUAAAAGGAAGAUUUGAAUGUACUGACUGAGGUUUUUUUGACUGCCGAUUGGUGGUAGAAAAGUGAUAUAAAUGUGUAUAUAUGAUUUUUGUAUUACGUCUAUGAGCAUGAAUAAAACUGCACUGCUC